GCUGGCAACCUAGCAACGCGUAAUCAUCCCUGAAGCCGCUGCUCGAUUUUUUAAAUUCAUACUGUGCGCUAGUAGCAAUAAUUAUGGCUGCGAUGUUUCUGUUUUAAACAUGUUUAAAUUGAUGGUCGGAUUGGGUUAAGUUUGUUUGUUGUAAUAGAAGUACAGGAUGCGUUUUGCGGCAAAGCGCUGCGGGGUGCAGUUCAGCCCUCCAUCCAUAGUUUUAAUUUAUGAGCACACGGAAACCAAAAAGGUGCGAAAAAGAAUAAUACCUGUGCGAAAUUUCUCCAAAUACUCCGACUACAGCAUGGCUGCUGAAAGGCUGAAGAACAACCCUCGACACAGGGACUACCUGGAGGGUGUCUCUCAGAGCCAGCUUGAGAAGCUUCACAUUAUUCUACGCGAUCACAUGCAGGGCUUCAGUCUGGAGCACAGCCUCUCCUCGUUCUGUCUGGACCCUGACGAAGACCUGAACAAACUGGACGAUGAGGAGCUGGCACGCAAGAAAGGCCAAAUGGACGAACUGUUUGAGAAAAACCGGAGGCACAAAGAUGAUCCUGACUUUGUUUACAACUUGGAAGUUGAUUUCACUAAGACCACCUUAGAAAAGUGCAGCUGGGAUGAAGAAUCAGAUGAUGGAUUUUAAAACUCUCUCUUCAUCAAUGUUUUAAUUAAGAAUGUAGAUGUAAAUCUAUAGUGAGACUGCAGGAACAUACAACCCAACUGUUGUAGAUGGCAAUGCUUCAAUAAACGUCAAUAUAGUAGAAACACUAUGCCUUUAAUGACAAAAAAACCACCAUGAACCUCCCUUAAUGGCAAGCAAAGACCAAAGCCUGUUAAUCAAGGGAAACUAGAGCUAUGAUUUUGUGUCUGUGUACCAUAGCAUUAAUCUGUAAAAAACAAAACAAAAAUAAAAUAAAGGCAUAAAUGGUCAUUAGGUAAGGUAACAAUAGUAACUGUUACUAUUGGUUUGAUCCAGUUAGUCAUAAUUUAUUUCACUUGAAUGCUUCUUGAUAGACAAAGUUAGGAUAUUUCUGGAAUCCUGUAGUAAGUUAUUUUUAUUAUAUUUUUUAAAGACAGACCAUUUCUUCAGCUGUAGCCUCAUGGGCACUAAAAUAUAUCUUAAAAAACAAGACUGUUUACUUAUGGAUUUUAAAGUCAUAGCCUGGUCCAGUAAUACGUUAGGUGAUUUACAGAUGUCAAGUUUCAAAUCUGACACUUUUUAGAGGUGACUUCAAUGCUGUCAGCAGAAAUGUUGAUUGUGCACGAGCUCUUAGUCACAACCAAUAGACAGAUAUUAAAUUUACAACAUCCAGUGACUGCAGUCUCUAACACUGAUGACAUAAAAGCACCUGUUUUAAGGCAAAUUACUACACCCGAGAUACUGUUACCCAAGUAACUAACCCAUAGUUUAAGUUCGUUAAGCGUUUCCCUCAGGUAAGGGUUAAUAAACUCCAUUUUCAUUAACUUGCUUUCGGGAACAGGCCUCCAGCAACACCUAGACUUCAGUCAUGAAAUGAAACAGGCACAGAGUCUAGAGGAACAUUUCUAAAUCAGGGGAAACAAAACCAAACAAUGUUUGAGAACAACCUGAUAAUAUAAUGAUAACAAACAUAAAAUUCCGUUUUAAGGUGCAAUAAACAAAAUUAUGCAUGGAUAAUAGUGAAUCUUUAUUUGUUAUAAAAUACUGAAUUUUACAAAAUACAAAGACUUUGGUUCUUUUAUUUGUGGCUUACACCUAGAUGAGUGAUAUUCACAGUUGAAUAUGAAAAGAAGAUUCUAAAAUCCUAUUAAAUAAAAUCUGAGUGUACACCAGGAAGUAAGCAAUACAACAAAUAUAUCUUUGGGAAAAAAAAAUGUGUCCACAAAAUAGUUUUAUAUCAUACAAAAUAUAUAUACUUCCAUAUAUAUGGUUUGACAUGAUGUUCUAUGGCAAAGUUUUAAAAGAGAUAAACUAUAUCAUAAAACUAAGCCUGCAUUAUCAAACCUUUUAAGGGGAAAAUGUCAUUCAAAGUGCUUAAAUACCUCAUUCAGUUGACAAUAGACACUGACUGACUGACUGACCAUUAGUACCACAAUACAUUCAAAGAUGUCGCAGGUUUUUGUUAAAAUGCAAUACAGAAUGAUUUUACAUUGCUUUGCUAGUUUGGUUUAAGCUAAUCAAAACAGUUUUUUACAUUGUUAUCAAUUGCAGUCAUUUUUGCAGUGCCGAUGUAUUCCCUAAGGAGGUAGUAACAAAAAAAAAA